AUGAACGAUUACAGCAAGUGGGAGCAGCUCGAGGACAGCGAGGAUGAAAAGGUCGAGAAGGCGGAGCAGGAAGCUGCAGCAGCCAGGGUGGAAUUCCAGGAGGAAUGCCGCGCGGAGCAGGCCGAGGUGGAGCGGUGGCUACGCCGGUAUCAGACGCUCCUCCUCAAGGCAGAGCCCGCGCCUGGCCAAGCGUCGCAGCGACGCGAUCCCUACGCUCCGCCGGAGCUGAUCAAGAACAGCCAGCAGCCCUUUCGGAAAGCUAGCCGCGACGACCUCCGGGUCCUGAGCAUGCUGAUGGUGCUGAGCCAUUUCGAGGAGGGGGGGACGAACCUCACGCGGCAUCCGCAGCUCCUGGAUCUCGUGAGGCACAACCGGUGGCUGGAGGACGAUCCUGGAGCCCUGGAGCUUCUGUGCCGGAUCCACAACUUCCACAUGAAGGGGGCCGAGGACAAGGGUCUGCCACCCUUGGCCCCGGAGCAGGAGAAGCUGGAACACAGGCAGUCCACCUCACGACCCCUCCCAGAUGAUGCCCUGGCUCUGGCAAGUAUCGCCCCGGAACUCCCCAAGCUCGUGCGCAGUAGCGUCCAGAAGCCAGUCAGCUUUACACCCGGCGAGCAGUUUGCCAGCACACACAACGGCAUCCGGAUGGUCUCCGCGGACAGGCGAAAGGACAUGUUGACGUCCGUGCAGGAUGCUGCCGCCUAUACUGAGGACUUCAAGGUCUGCUGUCGGCGCAAGUACAGCAACUUAGCCAGAUGUUGGCGCCUUCUUCUGGACACACCUGGUCUUGGCCGCGUCUCCUUCGUUCCUUUCUGCCGCGCUGCACGGUCCAUGGGCUUCACCCACAUCUCCACGUUGUGGAAGCAGCUUGACUCGAACAGCAGCGGCUUCAUCACGUUGGAAAGCUGGGAUCCGCGAGCGUACAAGAACCUCAUGCAGUUCCGGACGAUCUGCCUUCGUGAGUUCGGCGGCCUGCGGGAAGCCUUCAAGUUUGGCCUUGACAGAAGCGGCUCCGGCACGUGCACAAAGAAGGAGUUCCGGCAAUUCCUUCAGGAGUUCGAUUUUGCUGGGGACUGGGGGGCCUUGUGGGGCGCUCUGGAUGAGAACCAGGAUGGCAUGCUCACUGCAGAUGAGUUGGACUUUCUUUCGCAGUGGCAGGGUGAGAGGCACCGACGUGAUGAGGUUGAGCGGCAGUUCCAUCGUGGUCUAAAGCGCCUGAUGCUCUGCCGCCAGGGCCGACUAGGCUCGAAGGCGUCCUCCUUCAUGUCGUCGGUGGGAUCCAUGAAGCGCUAG